CUGGUCGGUCACGUGUAUAGGAAGCCAUUUACAGUGAUUCUUACUGCGUAGUUCUUCAAGGAAAGAGUAUGGCGACUCGUAAACUACUGCCGCUUCCAUUUGAUGUAGUUUCUGAUGGAACCGAUGAUUCUAUCCCGUCAGAAUGUAUCAUCAUGACUAAUUCGGCUGAUUCGGGCAUAUGUCAAGACUAUGAGCAGCCCGAGGACGAGGCAAACGCGUUAUCAAUUGUGGAGACACAAUGUCGUGGCAAAACAAACGGUAGAACGCUGUAUGCGAACACUUCCGCAGAUGAGCAGUCUGGUCGAAUUGGGGGUGGGAAGUUUGUACUUGACAAGAAGGAGAUGAUGAAGAUGGUGAACAAACUGGGUGAUCUAAUGGCGACUCAACAAAAGACCAAGUCGACAAGUCUCACAGCUAAAGUCUUCUGCAAAGCAAAUUUUGCCAUGGCCAUUGUUGGAGAAGAAGGCGGUCGUUUGUUUUUCUCCGAUGGCUCACUGAUGUUGGUUGUACCCCGAGGUGCCCUCGCGGAAGAAAAGGUCAUCUACGUAUACAAACCAAUCAACUCGGAACAGCUUGGAUUGACCGGCGAUACCGGCAAGGUGAUUUACUACGGUCCAACACUUCUUUGCGGAACAGAAGGCACAACUUUCCUACGCGACGUUAAGUUAUCUUUUCAGCAUUACGCGCAACGGGGUAGUGAUCCUGUGUCCUUCAAGGUGCAGAAGAGCGACAAUACCACAUCACCUUGGAACGUCCUUGACGACAAGGAUGUUACUAUCCACAAGAGGACGGUUGAUGUCAUGCUGUCCAGUUUUAGCCUCCUUCAGUUUAUCGUCGAUGGUCAGAUGGAGGCUCAUGUUCCGAUGAAGGCAAUGGCAUGUGUUUGCGGAGUUCGCCUGCUACCUGGGAGUGAGAAAGUUGCCCACGUGUACUUGGUGGAAAAUGAUUCUUGUGUAAUUCAGGCCACCAAGAUUUACCUCAAGGACAAGGGAUGCAAAGAGAAAGAUAUCGUUAUUCUUCCUAUUAAGAUCGAUCCACGGAUUGAUGUAACAUUCACUGUUCUUACUUCAAACCUCCAACUGGAUGGAUGUUUGGAAAGGGCCACAGCCUCUAUUAGGCCAAGCUCAAAACAGCUUGCAGACAUCAGUCUUGACCUCAGUAGCAGUGCCACAACUCCAGCAAAGUGCAUCAAAGUCUGCCAGGGGGCUGAGUCCAUAGCAUUCUAUAACAUACCAGAUGAAUCAUUUGAGCACCAUACAACAUUGUUGACGACACCAUACCAGGCUGAUCAAGAUUUCAGCUUUGAGAUUCCACCACCGUUGUCGACUGAAGAGCUCCCCGAGGAAGCAAGAGGUCUGCGCAGCGGAGAAUACUCGUUCGAGGUCUACGAUGGCUCUCACAGAAUGGAUGAGGGUAAUGACGGUACAGCUGGAGACGCUGGGGGAGAAUCCAGACUCCAAGAAGCAACAACACCAUCGCCUGGUUCUUGCCAAACUCAAAGAAGGGGUUCUGGGAGCACGGUGGGCAGCCCAGGUACACAAGAAGCAACGAGUUCUACACCGAGUCCAGUGGGCCCAGGCGGCCUAUCACAAAGAAGGGGUUCUGGAAGCAUGGUGGGCAUCGAAGGCACCGAAGAGGUAAGAAGUCCUUCAUCGCGUCCGCCAGAUCAAUUCCUUUUGCAAAGAAGGGGUUUAGGUAGCGUUAUGGGCAACCCAGCAACCCAGAAAGCAACAAGUUAUUUAUGGAGUCCACUAUUUGAUAGGUUCUGGACUGGAACCAACGGGCCGAGCAGCUUAGAAUUUAGAAGCAUUAGCGAGUGCGAGGGCGCCGAAACCAAGCGAGCAGCUGGCCAACCCAGAAUAGAUGUGAAAGAACAGCCAAUUAGUGAAAUGUUGGGACGAAGUACCCGCAGAGCAAGAAUUGCUGCCAUACCUGAAACUUCUUCAAUGCGCGGUACAUUUAUCGGCACUUGUGUUGAAAGACCCAGGAACAGCCGCAGGACAUCCCUCCCCGAGGAACCCGCAAGAAACCUGCUCCCACCCAUGAAUGACCAGCCUCGAAAGGAUUUGUCCGAAGAGGCCCGUGGUAUAGACUUGUUCGGAGGCAGAGCAAGUACAAAGGCAGUUAUUCCAUCCAUUCGUAGCGAUGCGGUCGAGAUAGGUUAUACCCGUGGGCGUAGGGCAUCCCUCCCAGUGUCUUUCCUACAAUCAGUGAAAAUUGACGGCGCCCAGGCCCUGCCACUGAGUAAGCCUACGCAUCGAACCCGUAGAGCAAGUAUAGAUGUCGUUACCUCUUCAGUUCGUAAUGAGAUAAUGGGAAAGGUACUGCUUAGUCCCCUGCACUAAAAGCAUGAAUUAUAUGAGAAGGUAAAACUACGUUUCCUGCACAAGAAAAUAUAAUGAGGUGAUGGGAAUUGUUUGCUUGUACUACAUGAGAAUGUUAAAAUUGUGAAAUAGUUAUAUUUAUUAUGCUAUGACACAAUGGCAAGAUAUAAUGUAUAUGGAAUGGCCAAAGAAUUGGAAGGUGGCAAAAUUCCAAGCAUCAGUACAUGUCCAGAGUAAUCGGGGCUAAAGACGGCAUACAUAAGUGUCCACCUCGCGUUCAUCUUUGCAACUUGGGAGAGUGCAGGUUUUCGUUACAUAAAUUUGUUGUGCCAUAUUCGGAAAGAAAAUAUUGAAUUUCUCAGAAUAGUGUUAUGUAUUUAUCAGGUGCAUGAUCACUCCGACAGUUUAUAACCGUACCAGGGAUAUGUGCAAUCUGACUCUAAUGCGUUUGCGUCACCAUUAUCGAGCUCCACAAAGGGUGAGUGAUUUAGCGAUCCCAAAACAUUGUGGGUCAAGAUUGGAUAUGUGUAACGACUUAAUUACUCUUUAGCAUGCCGACUUAUCGGCAGUGAAUAUCAGUCAUAAAGCCACCUCCACCUCUGAAGGAUGGAUAUACGCAGUGGCACAAUGAUGGUGGAUCGGCAUGACUCUUAUCUCGUUUCCGAGUUCUUACUGUAUGUGAACUAAAUAGUCUAUCGACUUGAAUAUACUGUAUAUGAGUAAACAUAUGUAAAUUGUAAAGAAUAAAAAGUGAAACG